UAACGCACGCCUGUAAAAAAAGCGAAGUGUUUUAUAAGAAGUGAAGAAUAAACUGUUGUUUCUGUCAGACUGAAGAAUAUUAAACUCCUGCUAACAGCUAACCGGCUUUAUUCAGGCACUAACCGGUAUGUUAUUUAACCCAAACUCGUUGGGAGAAUGUUUACAGGAAUGGGAAGAGCUCGAAAAGGAUUAUCAACAGAUACAUGAGACUCAUCGGAUCUACAAACAAAAGCUGGAGGAGGUUUCCAAACUACAGAACAGCUGCUCUGCUUCUAUUGCACGACAGAAGAAGAGGCUGAAGGAGCUGUCUGCUUCACUUCAAGGAUGCCCAGAGAAAGGAAGCCCAGAGGAACUGAGGACCGUAGACGGUAUCCAGGAGUCCAUGAAAGAAAGACGGAAUGUAUUUUUUGAGAUGGAGGCCUUCCUACCGAAGAAAAACGGGUUGUACCUCAAUCUUGUGCUUGGAAAUGUCAACGUUACACUCCUUAACAAACAUGCCAAAUUCGCUUAUAAAGACGAAUACGAGAAGUUCAAGCUCUACCUGACUUUCAUACUUUUACUUUUCUCCUUUACGUGCCGGUUCGUGGUCAGCUACAGGGUCCUAGAUGCACUUUUCAAUUUUCUGUUGGUCUGGUAUUACUGCACGCUGACGAUAAGAGAGAGCAUCCUGAUCAAUAACGGCUCCAAAAUUAAAGGUUGGUGGGUGUUUCAACACUAUGUCUCAACUUUUCUCUCUGGGGUGAUGCUGACGUGGCCUGAAGGAGAACUCUACCAAAUGUUCAAGAACCAGUUCCUGUCUUACUCCAUGUAUAUAAAUUUCGUCCAGUUUCUUCAGUAUUACUACCAGAGUGGGUGUCUGUACCGGCUCCGGGCCCUGGGAGAGAGACACAACAUGGACCUCACAGUGGAGGGGUUUCAGUCCUGGAUGUGCAGGGGACUGACUUUCCUGCUGCCUUUCCUUUUCUUCGGCCAUUUUUGGCAGCUUUACAACGGAGUGACGCUUUUUCAGAUGGCUCAGCUGCCCGAAUGGAAAGAGUGGCAGGUCCUCAUGUGUGGCUCCACCUUCCUGGUGCUGUUCAUGGGAAACUUUUUCACCACGCUGGGUGUAGUUUACCACAAAUACACGAAUCAGGACAAAGCCAAAGAGUUAUAAGUCAUUCAGAUCUGUUUAAAUAAUAAGCUUUCUACGUCUUUAUUUUUACGUCGUGUGUUACAGUGUAAGGUUCUUCAAAAAAUGUGGAAGGUUUAUUGAAUAUUUGUGGUUUUUACUUUAUUAAUAAAUGUGCGCACAACA